CACCUAGUACUUCCAUCUUGUUCUUACCACAUCAUUUUCCUCGAGACUACAAUACUUAAAUGCCCACAGAAAACCUUUUUUCUAACUUCAUUUUCAUCUUUCCCUGUAAAUUGGUCUUCAUCAAUUUCCUUCCAUUAUUCUUGUGUUGUUAAAUUUUGCUGCUUCUUUAGGUAAAAUUUUCCCUAUUAUAAAUAUAUAUAUAUAUAUUUGUGUUUUCCUAAAUAUUCGCUUCAUAAUUCAGUUAAGUCCUCAAUCUUGAUUUUCUCCAGCUGAUGACGUGCUAAACCCUCCGCAAUUCACUGAUUUUCUCUCUCUGAUAGUUUAUGACUAACCCCUUUUCUUUUAUUGGAAAAAAUAUAGAUACCACUAUUUUUAGUUUAUUGUUGAGAUUUUCUAAACCUGGGUUUUAGGGUUGUAGCUAAAAUUAGCACUAUUUUCAUUGAUUCUUGAAGUUUUCUGGUUUUUUUUUUUGGGGUGGGGCUUUUUGUGUACUGGGGUUUUAAGGUUGUAGUAAAGAUUCAACCUUUACAUGGUUAAAAGGUAGAAUUUUGUCAAUUUUAUGUAAUGAGGCGCAGGUCUCCAACAUCCGAAUGUUCAGAUGAUUCAAUGGAGAAAGGGUUAGGCAAAAAUCAUCAUCCUAGGGUAUGUUUGUUAGCUUCAUUAUCAGGUUUGUUUUGGUUCUUAUUGUUGUAUUUUCAUUUUGUGAUUCUUGGGGGUAACCAUGUUCAAGAUUCACCUAGUUUGGAUCCAAUUUUCCUUAAUUCACAAUCAAAAAUAACCCCUCAAUCCAAUCCCAUUAAUCGUGCCACUAUUGGUAGUGCAAAAGUUGAAACUCGCGCGAAAAAGGCACAACCACCUGUUAUUCAGCCUGUGAUUAGGGAUAAUAGUACUCGACGACGUCGUGAUCCUGAGAGUUAUUCUUUUAUGAGAGCAUUGAGAACUGUAGAGAAUAAAAGUGAUCCGUGUGGUGGAAGGUACAUUUAUGUGCAUGACCUUCCUCCAAGAUUCAAUGAAGAUAUGCUUAAGGAAUGUAAAACUCUUAGUCCUUGGACCAAUAUGUGUAAGUUUACCGCGAAUGCUGGGCUUGGACCACAAAUGGAGAAUGCUGAUGGAGUUUUCUCUAAUACUGGUUGGUAUGCAACCAAUCAGUUUGCUGUCGAUGUCAUUUUUGGCAACCGGAUGAAACAGUACGAGUGCCUUACGAAUGAUUCCUCUCUGGCUGCUGCGAUUUUUGUGCCAUUUUAUGCUGGUUUUGAUAUUGCUAGGUAUCUUUGGGGUUAUAAUACAUCUAUGAGGGAUGCUGCUUCGGUUGAUUUACUUGAUUGGCUUCAAAAGAGGCCAGAGUGGAACAUCAUGGGCGGAAAAGAUCAUUUUCUUGUGGCCGGUAGGAUAACAUGGGACUUUAGGAGAUUAGAUUCGGAUUGGGGCAACAAGCUUCUUUUAUUACCUGCUGCGAGAAAUAUGUCGAUGCUUGUGGUUGAAUCAAGCCCAUGGAGUGCAAAUGAUUUUGGCAUUCCAUAUCCGACAUAUUUCCAUCCAGCAAAGGAUGAUGAAGUGUUCGUUUGGCAGGACCGGAUGAGGAAGCUGGAGAGGAAGUGGCUAUUUUGUUUUGCUGGUGGGCCACGGCCCGGAAACCCUAAAUCAAUCAGGGGGCAAAUCAUUGACCAAUGCAAGGAGUCCAAAGUCUGCGAGUUAUUGAAGUGUGGUCAAUCAGGGGAGAGUAAGUGUCAUUCUCCUAGCAGUAUCAUGAAGAUGUUCCAGAGCACGCUUUUCUGCUUGCAGCCUCAAGGUGAUUCGUAUACGAGAAGGUCAGCUUUUGAUGCUAUGUUGGCUGGCUGUAUACCGGUUUUUUUCCACCCUGCUUCUGCGUACACGCAGUAUACAUGGCAUCUUCCAAAAAACUACUCAAGUUUCUCUGUUUUCAUUUCUGAGAAUGAUGUUCGUAAGAAGAAUAUAAGCAUAGAGGAAAGGUUAAGUCAAAUUCCUCCUGAGAAGGUGAAGGAAAUGCGGGAAGCUGUUAUAAGUAUGAUUCCAAGGCUGAUUUAUGCCGAUCCUCGCUCUAAACUGGAGACACUCAAAGAUGCAUUUGAUGUAUCAGUUCAGGCAAUUAUAGAGAAAGUUACAAAGCUAAGGAAAGAUAUCAUCGAAGAUCGUAAAGAUGAUAACUUCAUUGAGGAGCUCAGUUGGAAAUAUGCAUUGUUGGAUGAAGGGCAAACUCAGAUUGGAGCUCAUGAAUGGGAUCCAUUUUUCGAAAAACCAAAAGAUGGAAGUGCAGAAUCUGAUAAUUCAUCAGCAGAAGCCGCUAAAAACUCUUGGAAGAAUGAACAGGGACAACACUCAUGAUGUGAACUUUGACAUCUAUCACCAUCGUCACAGCUUAGAAUGAGAGAACUACUAGUUACACGUGAAGUUAGCAUCCGAUAUCAAAACCUGUUUUGGUGAAAUUUUAAGAACACUGUGCAGAAGAAAAACAUACAGUAAUACAUUAUCCUGCUUCUAAUAUAAAUCUGGUUGUUGUCUUUUCCAAUUCUAUGUUAUUUAUUAGUCAUUUAUUAGCAAUAAAAUCCAUGUCAAUACUUUUGAUCA